UUUCCCUUCUUACGGGGAGCUCAUAAUAAAAGUAACUGUAAACUACUUCGUGGAGAGCUUUUAUUUUAAAGGGCUGCCAAUAAAUACUGGAGUCACAAGGUCUCACAAACCUCCCUCAGAAGCUAAGUUUAUGGAGGGAUAGGGAACUUUUUCCUCCUUUGAAUCAGCAGUAUCUUAUUUGUGUUUUGGGAGUACAGUUCCUGGCCUUUAAAAAUGACUCCGUAAAUACUGUAUGUUUAUGAACGUUAUGAGGCAGAUAACAGUCUUGGCAGUCCACUGCCUCUUAAAUCUCUUCUCUGCGACCCUUUUCACACUCAGCAUCUAAAAGGCCGCCGCUCUUUGCUCUAGGAUAUGUACCCAAGGCAUUUACUUCAAAACACCCACGUCUAGAGGAAGAAUUCUUCUGUGUUUUAGGGUAUCAUAUCCCUUUUCCGCAGCACUGCACCUCAGGCUUGGGAUCUGGGUCCGGAGGCACCGGGAAGAGUUCGGUAAAGGAAGCUCAGCUUCCCGCCUUCUGAUUGGUCGGCUCGCACUCCACUCAGGCAGCUCGCUGUUCUGAUUGGCCACCGUGCCCCCCGCCUCGGCUCGCGACUACUUUGUGUGCCCGGCCAGCGCGCUCAGGUCCUGGGUCUCAGCUCGCCGUCUGGGCUGGUGUGAACUAGCUCUUCGGCCCACUGCUCUGCAUCGCGGGCGGCAGGAAUUUCCCGAGUCCGAGCGGAUCACAGCUUUUGCUAAGAGAGCUCUCUUGACACAAGACAACAUGCUCUGUUGCCCUUAUUGAUUAAUUGAACAAAUUCAGUUGAUUAUUUCAGUGACCCAGAUUCAAGCAAUAAUAUCUUUCUUUGGAAAUAUCAUGUGGUUUUGUCAGCAUCUUAUAUUCUAGGAGAAGAAAGCAUAGAGUCCAUGAAGCACAGGACAAUAAGCUUCCUACUCAUACCAGAAGACCUCUCUGAAAGAUUCACCACAGCACUACCAGAGACACUAAUUUGUCUGAAUCAUCAUGUGUUGAAACAGCAGAAGGCUACUACCUUUGUACUAACAGGAAACAGUUAAGAUGUUGGUGAUUCUUUGAGUUCCAGAAAGCUAGGGGAGUGAGUUGAAAAUCUGAAAAUGCGGCCAUGGACUGGUUCCUGGCGUUGGAUUAUGCUCAUUCUUUUUGCCUGGGGGACCUUGCUGUUUUAUAUAGGUGGCCAUUUGGUACGAGAUAAUGACCACCCUGAUCACUCUAGCCGAGAACUGUCCAAGAUUCUGGCAAAGCUUGAACGCUUAAAACAGCAAAAUGAAGAUUUGAGGCGAAUGGCUGAAUCUCUCCGAAUACCAGAAGGCCCUGUUGAUCAGGGGCCAGCUUCUGGAAGGAUUCGUGCAUUAGAAGAGCAGCUUGUGAAGGCCAAAGAGCAAAUUGAAAAUUAUAAGAAACAAACUAGAAAUGGUCUGGGGAAGGAUCAUGAAAUUCUGAGGAGGAGGAUUGAAAAUGGAGCUAAAGAGCUCUGGUUUUUUCUACAAAGUGAAUUGAAGAAAUUAAAGAAUUUAGAAGGAAAUGAACUCCAAAGACAUGUGGAUGAAUUUCUGUCAGAUUUGGGAGAUCAUGAAAGGUCCAUAAUGACGGAUCUAUACUACCUCAGUCAAACAGAUGGAGCAGGUGAUUGGCGGGAAAAAGAGGCCAAAGAUUUGACAGAACUGGUCCAGCGGAGAAUAACAUAUCUUCAGAAUCCCAAGGACUGCAGCAAAGCCAAGAAGCUAGUGUGUAAUAUCAACAAAGGCUGUGGCUACGGCUGUCAACUCCAUCAUGUGGUCUACUGCUUCAUGAUUGCAUAUGGCACCCAGCGAACACUGAUCUUGGAGUCUCAGAAUUGGCGUUAUGCUACUGGUGGGUGGGAAACUGUGUUUAGACCUGUAAGUGAGACCUGCACAGACCGAUAUGGCAUCUCCACAGGACACUGGUCAGGUGAAAUAAAGGACAAAAAUGUUCAGGUGGUGGAGCUCCCCAUUGUGGACAGUCUUCAUCCUCGUCCUCCGUAUUUACCCCUGGCUGUACCAGAAGACCUUGCAGAUCGACUUGUUCGAGUUCAUGGUGACCCUGCAGUGUGGUGGGUGUCGCAGUUUGUCAAAUACUUGAUCCGCCCACAACCUUGGCUGGAAAAGGAGAUAGAAGAGGCCACAAAGAAGCUUGGCUUCAAACAUCCAGUUAUCGGAGUCCAUGUCAGACGCACAGACAAGGUGGGAACAGAAGCUGCCUUCCAUCCCAUUGAGGAGUACAUGGUGCACGUUGAAGAACAUUUUCAGCUUCUCGCUCGCAGGAUGCAAGUGGAUAAAAAAAGAGUGUAUUUGGCCACAGAUGACCCUUCUUUAUUAAAGGAGGCAAAAACAAAGUACCCCAGUUACGAAUUUAUUAGUGAUAACUCUAUCUCUUGGUCAGCUGGACUGCACAAUCGAUACACGGAAAAUUCACUUAGGGGUGUGAUUCUGGAUAUACACUUUCUCUCCCAGGCAGACUUCCUAGUGUGUACUUUUUCAUCCCAGGUCUGUCGAGUCGCUUAUGAAAUCAUGCAAACACUGCAUCCUGAUGCCUCUGCAAACUUCCAUUCUUUGGAUGACAUCUACUAUUUUGGGGGCCAAAAUGCCCACAACCAGAUUGCCAUUUAUCCUCACCAGCCUCGAACUGCAGAUGAAAUUCCCAUGGAACCUGGAGAUAUCAUUGGUGUGGCUGGAAAUCAUUGGGAUGGCUAUUCUAAAGGUGUCAACAGGAAACUGGGAAGGACGGGCUUGUAUCCCUCCUACAAAGUCCGAGAGAAGAUAGAGACAGUCAAGUACCCCACAUAUCCUGAAGCCGAGAAAUAAAGCUUCAGAUGGAGGAGAAGGACAACUAAACUCAGUUCAAACUAUUUGAGCCAAACAGUAGAUGAAGAAGGCCCUGUCCUAACAACACAUUGUUGAUUGAGUAGACACCCCCAGCAUCAGGAGCAGCUGAGAACUGACAGAUGUUUUGUUGGUGAAAUUUCUCUUUAACAAGGGCUACAAUGCCCAAAACCCCUGCACAGUUGAAUAAUGUACUCACAUAUAACCUGCAAGCAGGUGGUUUUCGACUUUGCCUCUUCUUUCAAGAUUAUGUCUCCAUGAGAAAAACACUGCCACAUUGUAAUUUAAGUGACACAGACAUUUGUGUGAGACUUCAAACAUGGUGCCUAUCUCUGAGAGACCUGAUGAGAAGACUUGAAUAGCUCCCCGCUGUGGGGAGGUGGAUUCUUAGCCAGUGGUGGUGAUGCAACCACUGAAUUCACUCCAGUCAGCAGAUUCAGAAUGAGAAUGGAUGUUCUUGUCUGGAAUUUUUUUUAAGUAAUUACAUCAGUUCAUCCACCUCAUCUUUAAUAAGUGAAGGAGAUACACUGAAAUAAAAUAUUCUCAUUCCAUUAGGAACUUUUGUAAAAUGAUGCCAUGAACAGAUUCUUUAGUACUCAAUGUUUCUGGCCAUUCUCUUUGAUAACAAAAAAAUAAAUUUUAAAAAGAAAUUUUGUAAAGUUUCUAGAAUUUUACAUCAUUGGAUGAUGUGGUGGUCAGCUUUAUAAUGGGAAAUCUAUGAUAAAAGGAGGAGUUUUAUA